AUGAUUUCUUAUGAGAACGGAUUGACGAUUAAACAAUUGAAUGAGUUUGAUAAAGAGGGAUGUCUUUGCUUACCCAAUUUUCUUUCAGCAGAACAAGUUGAAGAGUUGUUAUGUCAUUCUAAAGAGUUGUUAAAUGAUAUGGAUUUGUCUAAUCACCCAAUGACCAAGUUUACAACAGGUGAAACUUUGAAUGAGAAGCACAUUGGUGAUGAAUAUUUUUUGGAGUCGUCGGAUAAAAUAUCCUAUUUUUUUGAACCAGAUGCAUUUAAUAAAGAAGGAGAGUUAAUUAAGGCGAAGGAAAAAUCGAUAAAUAAGAUUGGACACUCGUUGCAUACAAAAGAUGAAAAAUUUAAUAAAAUUACAAUGAAGGAUAGUCGAAUUCAAAAAAUAGCUAGACAAUUGAAAUUUGUCGAUCCAAGGGUUUUACAAAGUAUGUUGAUUUUUAAACAGCCAGAGAUUGGCGCAAAAGUUCCAUCGCAUCAAGAUGGGGUAUUUCUUUAUACAAAGCCCUUGAGUGCGAUUGGAUUUUGGUUUGCAUUGGAGAAUUGCAGUCAGAAAAAUGGAUGUUUGAGUUAUAACCCAGGAUCUCAUAAGACCUUUCCGAUUAAAAAGAGAUUUGUUAAGGUUGAUAAGGGCAGAUCAGGGUGUAAUAUUGUGUCAAUAAAUGAAAUUGAAAAUAGAAAAGAAGGAAAAGAGGAUGAGGAUGAGGAAGAGAUAAAGGAUAAGGAUAUGGAUGAGGAUUACAAAUUUGUUGAAUGUAAAGCUGGAUCAUUGAUUUUAAUUCAUAAUUCUGUUUUACACAAAAGUGAACCGAAUUUGUCAGAAGAAUCAAGAUAUGCUUAUACAUUUCACGUUAUUGACUGUAAUUGUGAAUAUGACGAGUUGAACUGGUUACAAGUUCCUCCAAGCGAAGAUGGCGGGACUGAUUUUGCAAAGCUUUAUUAA